CGGAACUUUCUGCUCUUCUUCCGGGUAGGAAGGUGCAGUCAGGUGUCGACUCGCCUCGCUCUCCCACACGCGAUUUGUCUGCUCUGCUGUCAUCAUGGCGAGUGUUCAAACUUCAUCCAGCAGACCUUACCAUCUGGUCAUUUUCGGAGCCUCCGGGUUCACGGGACAGUUUGUGGUGGAGGAGGUGGCCCGGACUGCGUCCGAGGGUCCGCGAGGCAAUCUCAAAUGGGCCGUGGCUGGAAGGAGCAAGCAGAAGUUGGAGCAAGUUCUGGAGCAAGCGGCCUCCGUCCUCGGAAAGCCCGAGCUGAGGACCGAAGUGGACAUCAUAGUUGCAGAUGUGGAGGAACCAGACUCUCUGGCGGCCAUGUGCAAGCAGGCUGUCAUUGUCCUCAACUGUGUUGGUCCUUACAGGUUCUUUGGCGAGCCAGUGGUUAAAGCUUGUGUGGAGAAUGGAGCCCAUCACCUUGAUAUCUCAGGAGAACCUCAGUUUCUGGAGGGCAUGCAACUGAACUACCACAACCUGGCAGCUGAAAGGGGCGUGUACAUUAUCGGAAGCUGUGGAUUUGACUCCAUCCCUGCAGACAUGGGGGUGCUGUACACUCGCGAACAGUUCAAGGGUACUCUAACUGCAUUGGAGAGCUUCCUGACCGUCGCUUCUGGGCCUGAAGGUGGAUGCAUCCACGACGGCACGUGGCAGUCGGCCAUCUAUGGCUUUGCUGACAGCCAUAAACUUCAAAGUCUCCGCAGGAAGUUUAACCACAAACCUUUGCCUUCCGUCGGUACGAAGCUUCAACGCAGGGGCGCAUUGUUCUACAGUAAUGAGAUCCAGCAGUACACGGUACCUUUUAUGGGUUCUGAUCCGUCGGUCGUCAAGAGGACACAACGCUUCCUGGUGGAGGAAUAUCAGGACACUCCGGUCCAGUAUGGCGCCUAUGCAGGCAUCGGCGGGAUUGGCAAUGUCAUCAAGUUGAUUUUUGCCGGAAUAAUGUUCUGGUUUUUGGUCAAGUUCAGUUUUGGACGCAACCUUCUCAUUAAGCACCCAGAGUUCUUCUCCUUUGGAAUGUUCUCCAAGGCUGGACCAACUCGCAAGCAGAUGGAAUCGUCCUCAUUUCGCUUUGCUUUCUUCGGAGAGGGUUACACUGAGGGACUAGACCCCACCCAGGGGAAACCUAAUGGCAAGAUUUGCACUUUGGUUCAAGGACCAGAAGCCGGUUACGUAGCCACGCCCAUUGCUUUGGUGCAGGCAGCUCUGACAAUCCUCAAUGAGUCCACAGCCUUGCCUAAGAGUGGAGGAGUGUACACUCCUGGUGCCGCUUUUGCCAAAACCACCCUGAUCAAGCGACUCGACAAACAUGGCAUCAAGUUUUCUGUCAUCUAGUAAGGUUUCUUGCACGACGAUGGACUACAGGUUUCACGCCAAGCAUUUGAAAGCAUCACAGAACAACCGUAAAGUUUCAAAUUUGGGAAAGCUCAUUCAUCAUGCCAGUCUGAAUGAAGCACUUUAACAGUUUGAAAGCUUUUGUAACAAUUAUUUUUUGCAGAUUGUAACAUUACUAAUCAAACUCACUAUUCAAAAAGGUUAGCUAUUUUUGGCAUGAGCUUAAGUAAAAAGUCAUUGCAAAAGUCAAUUUUCUUUCAACACAACAGUGGUCUAAGCACUCGCAAGACUGUUUAAUGUGUGCUGUGUAGCAAAUAGCAGCCUCAUGUAUGUGUUUAUGCUUUAGUUAAAUGCAUGUUCUGCCAGUUUUAGGUAGAUAAUGCUUGGCUUGUCAUUAUGCUUGUAAUAAUGAGUGUUAAGAUUGUACAAAACAUUAUUUCCAUGAAGCUCUUGCAAAAGUUGCUUUUGUGGUCUGGAAAGACGUCCAAGCUCACGCCGGAAUUGGUUUUGCAUCCAUAUGUAAGUGGUGUGGGGGUAGUGGGUGAAGUAGGUUUUGUGAAUGAGCCUCUUGGUUUGAUGCAUUUUGCUUUGUGUGGGCCGCCUGAAUAAAGCCAACUCAUCAAA